GCAGCGACAACUGGCUCUCUCCGAGAACCGUCGGAGAAAUCGGAGCAAUCAGGGAGCAUGAGAGUGUUAUGGUAAAGGUAGUUCUCGACGGGAGAGGCAAAUGGAGAUAAGAGGAGAGAAAGCGGAGGUAUUUUGACAGCCUCGGCACUUGUCCCGGGAAUGCCUCGAAUGCCUGUGCCGGUACUCCUCGGUAGCUGGGGCUGGGGAUUUUUCGCCAUAUUCCUCCUGCUUCUGGCCACCCCCAGUCCCGCUGCCAUUCGCAGAGCGGACCGAGGCCACUGCAACAAGACAGUGGACAUUUACGAAGAUGUGUCGAGCCCAGCGGUGACCCCAGCGAAUUGGGGUAAGCCCCUCUCGUGCUGGUACCGUUUCCGUGCCUUUCGCGGAACGCCCCGGGACUGGAUUCUGCGGGUGCGCUUCAAGAAGUUUAAGGUCGGGGUGCUGGAGAACGCCACCACCUGCAGCGGCGGUUAUCUGCAGAUCAUAGACGGCAACACGAAGACGGAGGUGAGCAAUCGCAAGGACCCGGGCGUCUACUGCGGCGAGUCCGAGCAGCCGCAGACCUUUAUUAGCGAGACCAGCUUUGUGCGGGUGAUCUUCCACGCGGACAACUUCACCGAUCAGACGUACUUCAGCUUCGACUCGCGCGCCGAACCGCAGUUCGAGGUGUACCUCAGAUACGGCCAGCAUCCGGAGCUCUAUCCAAAUCGUCGCGGCGAGGUCGUGCCAGGCAGCUAUUGCGAGCGCGUCUUCAAGGACUGUCGGCUGCAGACGUGCUACGUGCAGAGCCCGGCUUAUCCCGGCAUCUAUCCGCGCGCGUUGCACUGCAAGUAUCGUCUCAACACCCGGCUGCCCUUCAUCAAACUUUACAUCGAGAACGAAGAGUUCAACAUCGAUGGCCAGCGAUGCGAAAACAUCAUGACGUGCCCGAUGCGGCCGAUCAGUUCCGGCUCGGAGCACUGCCCGUACGACUACAUACGCGUGUACGACGGCAAGAACGAGAGCAGCCCGGUGAUCGGCACCUUCUGCGGCAUGGGCAAAUUCCCGUACAGCAUCAUCGGUACCAGCGAGGAUCUUUACGUGGAGUUCGUGUCAUCGCCGGCAGGGCCGUUGCUCAACACCGGAUUCCACUUCAACGUGGGCAACUGGCCCGGUCACGUGGAGACCGCGGGCGUGAAAAACGGCAGUUGCGACUGGCUGCUGAACAGCGAGUCCCUCGUGAGCGGUAACGAGGGUAUCUUUCUGUCGGUCGCGCACUGGUACCCGCCGCACACCAGCUGCACGUACCUGCUACGCGGCCGACCCGGCGAGAUCGCGCGUCUCUACUUCCCCAGCUUCCGGGUGAAUCGUAUCGAGUCGCCGAUCCAGCCUUACGACGGCGACUGCGGCGAGAGUCUGACGCUCUACGACGCCGACUGGCCGGACGACGCGCGGAUCAUCAAGACCUUCUGCGACACUUUCAGCAAACCGAUGGAGAAGCACGAUUUUGUCUCGACGUCGAACGCAUUGUUCGUGCGAUUCGAGAGCAAGACCGGCAGUUAUUCCGGCAGCUCGCUCUAUUAUUGGGCCCACUACGACUUCUUCAACGCGACGAGAUUCGGCGAGCCCACGCCCGGCACCGAGUGCGACGAAGUCUUCGCCUCGUGGAAGACGCGCUCGGGCUAUUUACGAUCGCCGCUCAACACCCUGGUUUACAAGCGCUCCGUAGAUCCGCCCGCCGAUCUCUCCUGCACCUACAGCUUCGUCACGGACAAGCGGCUGUUCGCGCGCGUCAUCCUCGUGAUAGAGUCGAUCAACUUUAAGGAGCAUCCGUACGCUCAGUGCGGCCACUGCUGGGACAGUCGGGUGGAUCGGGUCAUCAUCCGGGAGCCUAAUCCAGAUGGUAUCAAAGCCCACUGCCUUUGUCGGACCAACAACAACGGCACACCGGCGCCCACGACUUCGCAGCCGGCACCGCGACCGCCCGUCCUCAGGAUCGUCUCUCGUGGCGAGAGAUUGGAUCUGAAGCUGCUGGUGGACGGCGCGCACGCAGCCUCUAGCUACUUCAAGUGGCCCGCGCCGCUCUUCGAGGCGAGAUACGAGUUCGCGCACAGUCCUCUGUGCGGGCCCGCGCUUCUGCCGCCCGCCACCGACGGCGAAAUCGAGUUUCCGCAUUACGAGGCGCUGGGAUACGUCACGCCGCCCAGGUCCAUCAAGUGUAUCUGGGAAUUACGGGUGAACCGCGAGCGCGAUCUCUGGCUGCACUUCGACAAGAUCAAGUUCGCGUCGCGCUCCUGCGAGGACGGCAAGCUCGAGAUCUUCCUGCCGGGGAACGCCGAGCCGUAUCUCGGUAUCUGCGGCGAGAAUGUCAGCUACGUGAGAGAGAUGCCAAUUAUCUCGGCGGCCCACAUAGCGCCGCCGUUGGAUCAUCAGGCGCCGAAUGGCGACGUCGCCGAGGAAUCGCCCGCUGUGAUUAUACAGUUCACGGGCUCCAUGGCGCCGGCCAGGGCGGCCUUCAAGAUCGCCUGGACCGAGCUCUUUCAUCUACCGAGAGACGGGUCCGGAGCUCUCAACACCGGCAAGUUGGAGGACUGCGGCUUCCAGUGUCCCGGCGACGCGGGAUGUAUCCCGCUGAGAUUGGUGUGCAACGGCGUGGUCAACUGUCCCAGUCGCGUCUUGCCCUUGCCGGGUAUUCUGAAUGGCACUUUCUACGAGCCGGACGACGAGUCAGUGGAGACGUGCGGUGGUCCCGUUAACGGUAACGGCGGCGGUUUCGUCGGACCCGCCGGCUGGGCUGGCGCCGGCUUGGGCGCCGGUCUCGCCAUUCUCUUGGGUCUGGCGUGCUUCCUCGCCAUGUGCAGACUUUGUAGAAGACGAUCGCGCUCCAGGGACAUACACGUGCCCUAUUAGGAGACGCGAUCGUGCCUCUGCGAGUACACGCACGAUCUCGGAGAAUACAGAGAUCUAAGAGCUCAAUUCGCAAUCGUUUCUCGAGGAAUUAAGAUUUUUUUUCCUCUACACCCGCAUGCUUGUUUGCGUAUACGCGUAGGUGUAUGAGCGAGACGUCUUUAUUCCUGGAGGAACGAUCGCGAGUACGACGAGUGGGACGUCUAUGCGGCGUUUUAAUUUUUUCAACGACGCUUAGACGCCUUUGAGCCGGUUUUGCAUCAACGUCUCGCUCGACACUGUUAAUUUCGGUUGAAUAAAGUUUCUUUCUCUGACUCUAUAUCAUAGGUAAGAUUGUAAUCUAGAGACGAGUAGAGCGAAUCCCUGAGGCAAGCUUGUUUAACCCGUCGGGGUCGUUGGUGCACUCGCGUUUCAGAUCUCUGUGUUAUUUGAGAAAUGAUAGGUAUGAGAUGCGUUCCCUUUCUCGAGAUUCGUCGCCGUGAAAGAGGCGUUUCUUCCAUGUUGCUCCAAACAGAUCCGACUUUGCGAGUAAUACUCUCAGGGCCAGUUUCACAAACGUCGUUUAACCGCUAACCGAAGGGUGUUAAUUGAUCCUCUGCCUC